GCGGCAUCAUGGCUCGUAACGUGACCGUCAUCCGCACAACAGCGAGCAGCAGCAACGUUCCCCAGCCCAGCCCCGGACUAUUUGAUACGGGAUACGCCAGGUCCUACUCGGGAAUGCUGAAAGGAGCGGAGAUGCUUUCCUUAUUAAUAGGAUUUCUUUGUGUGAGGUUCUCAAUUUGGACAGACUACAGUGCAUACAACUACUUUGAAGUUGUCACAGUUUGCUUCAUGAUUUUAAUCUUCAUAUUUUAUGUGAUCAACGUCUUUCGAAUAUACAGAAUGCUGACGUGUAUUUCAUGGCCCUUAGCGGAGCUGCUGCACUAUGCAAUCUGCACAUUUCUUCUCUUCAUUGCUUCCAUUGUGGCUGCUGUAAAAAGUUACACCAUAGCGGGAUUGAUAGUCGGAUCGGUUUUUGGGUUCAUAGCGACUCUCCUUUGUGUUAUGGAUAUGUGGUUAUCCUACAAGAUCUCAUUUACAGCACAAUCAACAGGCGCGACAUUAUGACUAUCUGGGCAGUUGCCUAUUCCCCAAGUGAAGUAACGGCUGAUAUCAACAGUUGAAAAUGUGAAUACGUUCAAAGCACAGUUUGCACCGUUUACAGUUGCUCCAAGUAAGGCUGGAGACACGCUUUGCUGCCAAAACUGCCAUUAUCAACAGGGUGAUGAUAAAACAGAUACAAAUUUAAUAAAAGAAUUAGGUGAGGGGGGUACUGUACAUAGGCUAUAAUUUCUUUAGUAACAAUUUUUUUUAAAAAUAUAUUUUUACACUUUUUUUAGCCAAAAGAUUUUAAUACCGGACUGUCAGUGGUCAGUCACCCUGGACUUUGGAUAAAUGCUGCAAUAUUGUUAUAGCCAGUAGGAUAACUGUAUAUAAAAUAAAAUGUCCUUUUUGGCACAGGGAUUAGAAGAAGUUCUGAACUGCCUAUUAAGUUAAACACUCCGGGUCUACAACUUUGUGUCCAUUUCUUAUGCACUGCUUUCAUUCUCAUUUAUUUGAUAUCAUAUUCUUUCAUACAAGGGCCUUUAUACUUCAUUGUAACGUAACCUUAUUUUGUUAAAUAUCUGAUUUCGAUAAUAAAACUGUUCUACAGCUUUUUUUUAUACUGAC